AUGGCGGAACUGUACCGAGCCGAGAGAAACUGGGGCUUGAUGUGUGUAGACAAGCGUAAAAGUUGUCCAUCGUGGGCUUCUCAGGGUGACUGUAAAACUAAUGGCUGGACUGAAAGAAACUGCCGCAUAAGCUGCAAGACACGGUGUGAUACUCAUCCAGUCAAGCCUACAGGUUCUUGUUCUGACGGUCUUGGUCUUGGAUGGCCUGGAAACUACCAACUACCCGACAGCGCAUUCAGCGCGUCAUCGGAAUACAGGCCCGGCACCUGGAGGGCAACGGCGGAUAAUGCUCGUCUUUACUUUGAGGACGAUCAAGACAACAAGAGGAUUGGAGCGUGGUGUGCCAAUGAUCGAGACAACCAGUGGCUUAAGGUUGAUCUUGGUAAAACUAAGAGGAUAAGGGCAAUCACUACACAAGGUCGUGACGUUUUCCACGAGCACGUCAAAGAAUACAAACUGGCCUUCAGUAAUGACGGGUCCAACUUCAGUGUUUACCAAGAAAAUGGAAAGGAAAAGGUCUUCACAGGAAACUGUGACCACUUCACUCCAGUUUUGAACACAUUCAACCCUGUCACGGCCAGAUAUGUCAAGAUCAUUGUCGUCAAAGCCAGUUAUCCGUGUAUGCGGGUUGAAUUCUAUGGGUGUGACGUCUAAAGCUGGAGUUCAGCAGCAACAAACAUCACAAACGGGGGCAUACCAUCAUUGGCGUAGAUCAAUCAAAACCGGCAUGGAAUGAUGACAAAGAAUAAAAGCUCAGAACUGAAAAAUUUCUAGUCUUCUUCUCGAAUUGUUUUAAUUCAGGCAAUUUAUGCAUUUUAUUCAACAGUUAGGUUUUUACCAGUGAGUUGAAAAAGCUGCAGCUCUCCUAAAAAACAACGGCUCACCACAUCCUAAGUCCAUCAGUGUAAAUGCGCGUACAUAACAUAGAUUCAUAGAUGAACUUUUGACAACCCUCUGACACUGUGCUCUAUUACCUUUCGUUAAUUUGAUGCGAUUUUACUGUGCACACAGUCCGGAGCAUGAAUGUUCAGGACUUAUGACCAGCACAAUGAUAACAUAUGGCAGCGCUGUUACAAUAUCCCGUGCAUACACAAUACCGAAGUAAUUAACUUCUACGAAUGCGACUGUGUUUGCUAUUUUUCAACUCUUCUUUACCCACUACGGUUGUUCGCGCCCAAAACGUUCCAGCGUACACACUUUUUAUAACUUGCCGCGCAGCAAAGC